AUGAGCAGCUCGGACAGUGAAAAUGAAAGCGAUGUCGAGAUGAUCCUGGAAAAGGCCGGGCUUGUAACGCCGGGAGAGAUGAUCACAGACGACACUAUUUGGAUGCGGGGCCAUGGGACCUAUGCCGCCGAUAAUGUGACCUACUCUGCCGUGGCCGGAACUAUAGAGCGAGUUAACAAGCUUUUGAGCGUGAGACCGUUAAGAGGACGAUAUAUCCCUGUAAUUGGAGACCACGUUGUUGGAAGAAUCACAGAGGUUGGAAACAGAAGAUGGAAAGUAGAUAUUGGCGCAUCCCAGGACGCAGUACUGAUGCUGGGAUCUGUCAACUUGCCUGGAGGUAUUUUACGACGAAAAAGCGACGACGAUGAGCUGCAAAUGCGAGAGUUUCUGAAAGAGGGCGAUUUACUGAAUGCAGAAAUCCAAACUCUUUAUGCUGAUGGCGCGGCUGCCCUGCACACACGCUCUUUACGUUACGGAAAGCUGCGAAAUGGUCUGUUUGUCCAAGUUCCGGCCUCGCUAGUCUUGCGUCUGAGAACACAAGUAUACAGGCUAGAGGGUGGAAUCGAAAUGAUCCUCGGAAUCAACGGAUACAUUUGGAUUCGAAAAGCCACCUCCACCAACGCCAAUGCCGCGCCUAUGGAUGUUUCAAUCAACCGCCUGGAGCAGGAAAGUAACUCCAUGGAGAUCUACAAAGACGAAAACGACCCGAUCCCUCCAUCCACUCGUCAAACGAUCUCGCGAUAUGCCAACUGUAUCCAGGCGCUAGUUUACAACGAGGUCGGUAUCAACGAGGCUCGGCUGCGGGCGGUCUACGAGGCAUCGGUGGUUUAUACAGACGCCGGAGAACUUUUGGACAAUACUGUGAAAACGGAUAUUGUCAAACAGGCGAUGGCAACGUUGUGA